UAGAAAAAUAAACGUCGUUAUGAAGAUACAUCUCAUAGUUGUCUCUAUCAUAUUAGGGAUUAGCUUUGCAGAAGACGAGUGCAUUGUUUGUGAUUGGAAAAAUGAUGUUCAUUGUGGAAAAUCCGCUAAUGAUGCUUGUGUGUUCACUGCUCUAAAUAAGUGCCAAGUUGAACGUAUUUCAUGCCGUCGAGAGCAAAAAGGAUUGCCAGUUUUCACCCAAAUUAUUAAAGGAAGGUGCCCAACGGACAAACCAAAAUGUAAGAAACCCUAAGAUGGCUUUCACACCAUGUCCUCGAUUGAUACUUAAAAUAUUAAAUAAAGUAAAAGGUAU